CACUUUUUCUUUGUUUCAAACUCCCCAACUCCCCAAAAAAAAAACACAAAAAAUUCUCCAGGAUAGAGUUCGUCUUUCUCUGCCUCCUGUCUUCCGCCGGCCGCGAUCCCCAAACGCUGCGUGGAGCGACACAGCCGUGGAGGCGGCGGAGGAGCGAUGGUGACCUCGCCGGUGGUGAACACGUACCCACUCUCGAACUACACCUUCGGGACGAAGGAGCCUAAAAUGGAGAAGGACACCUCCGUCGCCGAUCGCCUUGCCCGCAUGAAGGUCAAAGUCCAUUAUUGGGUCCAAUUUUCUGCGCCUUCUGUCGUUGGGGAUUCGUACUCUCAUGUCGAGACUUGGAGGCUAAUAUACUCAUUUUUGUGCUAUAUGAAAGAAGGCAUGCGGACAAGUGUUGAAGGAAUUUUAUUGGUCCAGGAGCACAAUCAUCCCCAUAUACUUCUACUGCAAAUAGGAAAUACUUUUUGUAAACUUCCUGGUGGACGUCUGAAGCCUGGAGAGAAUGAAAUGGAGGGUCUGAAACGAAAGCUUUGUAGCAAACUUGCUGCAAAUUCACCUUCCUUUCAGCCAAACUGGCAGAUCGGGGAGUGUGUUGCUACCUGGUGGAGGCCGAACUUUGAAACAGCAAUGUACCCAUACUGUCCACCUCACAUAACUAAGCCCAAGGAAUGUAAGAAGCUCUUCCUUGUUCACCUGUCAGAAAGAGAGUAUUUUGCUGUUCCAAAAAACUUGAAGCUGCUUGCUGUUCCACUGUUUGAACUCUAUGACAAUGUUCAGAGAUAUGGUCCUGUUAUAUCUACAAUUCCGCAACAAUUGUCAAGGUUCCAGUUCAACAUGGUUACAUCCUAAAGCUGGUGGAGCUAAUGUGGUUGCUUUCAAGGUAGUUUGCAUGGGUAGAAAAUUGCUGAAGCCGAUUCAAUCAAACUUGAUCUUGUCUGAGACACAACAAGUAUCUUAGUUUUUUCUCUUCUUCCUUUUGGUUUGGUUGUAUGAACCUGUAAGUCAGCUUACAAGCAACUCUUUAUGUAUCCUUCGAUUGAAGACGGUAGGAGUUUUAUGUGCCCCCUCUUCCUUGCAGCUCACUCACUGUCACUGACUUUGCUUAUUUGGGGGCAAGAUAUACAAGAAAAAAAAAAACUUGGCAGCUUCUCAUGGUGAAA